CAGAACGAGGUGAAGGUGCUGGAGGAGUGGGAAAAUGGAAAGAAGCCCUGGAGCGCUAUCAAAGUGGAAACCCCUGAGGUGGCUUCUGAGACCUGGAGGGUGAAGAUGGAAAAGGGAGAUGGCCCAAAAAGGGAGGAUGCUCCGGCUGGCUCCCUUUGUGGGCCUGCUCAUGCCAGCACUGAUGCCAUCAAAGUGCAACAGCGUCAGGGGUUUGGGAUCCUCGCUGAAGAUCGGAAGAUUCCAAUGGUGCUCCAGCCCUUGCCUCCUGGGACCCGCAUACAGAUCCAUGGCCCUGUGCUACCAGAGCUGAUGCGUGUGACUCAAGUGACAGAGAAACAAAUGCCACUUAAAUUACAGCCUGUACUGGCACCUCCAGUAAAGAUUGAAACUAGAAAUGUGCCCCUCACAGUACUGCCCUCUGAUUCAGGAAUGCCAGAUACUCCAUUUGGCAAGGACAAAAGUGGCCACGUAAAGCGUCCGAUGAACGCGUUUAUGGUGUGGGCCAGGAUCCAUCGGCCUGCCCUAGCGAGAGCCAACCCUAAUGCAAAUAAUGCAGAAAUCAGUGUUCAGCUUGGACUGGAGUGGAGCAAACUGACUGAAGAGCAGAAGCAGCCCUAUUAUGAUGAAGCUCAUAAAAUUAAACAAAAGCACAGAGAGGAGUUUCCCGGCUGGGUUUAUCAACCACGCCAAGGCAAAAGGAAGCGUUUUCCUCUGCCUGUCUCUGCUGUGUUUUCCAGCGCUUCUCAGAGCAUCCUUCCUACAAAUCCAGCUGCCGUUUGUCCCUUCCAGCCACCUGCUUGUUCAGUUGUCAUCCCCAGCGUUCAGACCAGUAUUGGACAUGCAGUCUGUGGGGCUCCUCCUGCCAUCCGUCUGCCAGCUCCUUCCCUUCAACGUGCUGGUCCAAUUACUUUUUUCCAGACUACUAGUACAAGCACCACAUCAGUGGUUGUUCCAGCUCCAACCCUACCCCUGUACCCCGUAAUUUCACCACAGCAUGUUGCUGAACCUGCUCAGAGAGAAACUUUUAAUGCAUCAUCUGGGCUCAGUUGCUCUCCGAAGAGACUUACACCAGUUUUCACUGAGAGCUUUAGCAGAAACCCAAGUAACAUAACCACCACUAACGGCAGAUUUUCUGUCUGUAAUAUUGAGCCCCCAAAGGAGUACCUAGGGCUUCCCAUGUUUCCUAGACCUGUACCUCUUCCCCAAGCUACUCCUUUUCUUCCCUCACAUAUCUAUGAGUCUCCUCCCAUUGGUCAGCCAGCCAGCCUGUUUGGAGUACCUCCUCGGUUUCCAUUCUACCACCCUUACAUUGUGCCUGGACCUCACUAUUUCCCUUCAAGCACAUGUCCAUUCAGCCGGCCUCCAUUUGGCUUUGGGAACUUCUCCAGCCCAGUGCCUGAAUGCCUUGGCUUUUAUGAAGACAGAUACCAAAGACAGGAGGUGAUGUUUUCACCUUUAGGCAGAGGCUAUCCUUUCAAGGAAUACCCAAAGGAGAAUAUACAUGAGAACCUUGAACCAGUGCCAUGUCACAGCAGCUGCAACACAGAUCAGUAUUCCAGCCCUCUACCACAGCUGGAUGUUGAAGUAUUGGAGGAGGUUUUGUCAAUCACUUCAUCUCCCUCCAGCAUCCACCUAGUCAAUGUAACUGACAGUGAUGAGGAAGAAGUAAAGUUGUUGCAAGAACUGUAAUUUUAAAACCAACUUAAAAACCAGACAAAUCAAAUAUUGUAGAAUGUUAUUAAUGCUUUCUUCAACACUGACUUCAGUGUGUUCAAUGGAAGAUCUGUGUAGCUUGAGAGAUCUGGAGAGGUCAUUUUGAAGU